AUGGCUGACACCAAAGUCAAGGAAUACCAUGGCUCUGAGGAUAUGCCGACCCCAGUGGCGCCAAUACAGAGGCAAGCGCUCGACGACGAGCAACUCCUAGCUGCUCUCGGUCACAAACAAGAGUUGAGAAGAGAAUUCUCCAUCUGGUCGCUAGGAUCCUUGUGCCUUUGCUUGAUGGCUACUUGGGAGGCUCUCUCCACUGUGGUUGCCCCAGCUUUGAUCAGCGGAGGCGCCCCUUGUCUUUUCUACAACUACAUCAUUUCCUUCCUGGGUACCGUCGCCGUUGGCAUAAGCCUCGGAGAGAUUGCUUCCAUCUGGCCAACCGCUGGAGGACAGUAUCAUUGGGUGGCGGUUCUCUCCCCGCCAAAGUCACGAGUGGUUGCAUCUUGGUUCACUGGCUGGAUCUCAAUUGGCGGCCAAAUCGUCCUGACCGCUUCUGCUGCUUUCGCAGGAGGUCUUCAAUUUCAGGCACUUAUUACUCUCAAUCACCCAGACACAUAUGUACCUCAAAGAUGGCAGGGAAUGCUCUUCUAUUGGCUUGUCAUCGCCUACAGCACGGCCGUUAACAUAUGGGGCAUGAGAAUUCUCCCCCACACCAAUCUAGCCUCUGGAGUGCUGCACAUCGUCGGUUUCAUCGUUGUCACGGUCGUCGUCGGGGUCAUGUCGGACAAGCAUUCAGCACACUAUGUUUUUGUCGAAGUCUCCAAUUCUAGUGGCUGGAGUAGUGAUGGGAUUGCCUGGCUCGUUGGUCUCUUGAGCUCGGUUUACCCCUUCCUUGGUUAUGACGCUGCCGCCCAUCUUUCAGAAGAAUUACCAUCGCCAUCGAGGAACGUGCCUUUGGCCAUGGUUGGCUCAAUCGUCGCUAAUGGCAUCAUUGGCUUCAUCUAUUGUCUGGUGCUCUUAUUUUCUCUCGGAGACCUGACCACUCUUUUAGAAACACCAACUGGAUUUCCCUUCAUGCAGCUGUUCCUCAACGUCACUAAGUCGUCGGCAGCAGCCACCAUUAUGACCCUGAUCAUCUGUCUCAUUGCCACAGCCGCCAAUGCCGCCGGCUUGACCUCGACAAGUCGAACGUUUUGGGCAUUUGCAAGAGACGAUGCGGCACCGUUCUCAAAGUUCUUCUCCCACGUCGACCCCAAAUUGGAAGUCCCGAUUCGGAUGGUGGUCCUGGUUGCUAUCCUACAAGCCCUUCUCGGGUUUAUUUACCUCGGGAACACAACGGCGUUCAACGCGAUUUUAUCCAUGGCCAUCAUUGGGAUGUAUCUCUCGUACAUACUUCCAAUUGCCUACAUGCUGUUUUGUGGACGGAAAAGUCUCGCACCCAGCCAGUACGGACCAUUCAGGCUCGGGAAAAUUGGUGGAGUCGUGGCUAACGUUAUUGCGUGCCUCUGGCUCAUAUUCGCCAUAAUUUUCAGUACAUUUCCCAACUUUCAACCAGUGACGGCUGAAAACAUGAAUUAUAGCACUGUGGUGCUUGCUGGCUGGGUUCUUGCAGGUGCUUGCUUUUACUUUUUCUACGGAAGGAAAGUGUACAGUGGGCCCGUUUUUGAGACUGAGAUAUUGUCUGUGGUGCAGUCCAAAAGUACAUGA